AUGGAUCCCUCGACAUCGGCAUUAUCGCAGGCUGACAUAGCCUUCUUGUCCAGCAUAUUUCUCCGUGUAUCCGCAGGCAGGCUCGUCACUGACUGUAUCCACUGUGGUAGUACUGUUGCUCUAACAAUCUGUGUGAGCGACGAAAAUGGGAACAAGGGCAAACCAAUGGCAAGGCACCCGCUUUGCUUGUUCUUUCGCUGGUUUCCCCAACUAGCAUCAAGACUGCACCUUAUGGCCUUUCUUCCAGCAUCGAAAAACUCGCCAACACCUCCGAGUUCACAACCGCUUGCAUCCUCCAGCACCACCCAAGCACUCUUGCCGCCUCCUUUGACACAGCCCCCAAGCAAGAAACAGCGCAAGCGGGGUGAGCGGUGUAUAGGCUCGUUCUGUGCGCGUGCACGCGCUUUGCGCUGUAGCCGGGAGAUGUGUUCCAAACAUUGCAUUGACCUCGGUGGAUGUCACUUUCAUGGGUUCGACACACCGGAGGAGGAUGUCCUCAUUGCUGACAACGAUGCUCCCUUCGAGUUUCCUCUCGAACAAGAUGUCAGCAAUGAUGUGCUUGAGAAUGAAGAGCUCCGCCUGGCCUUGAAUGCUUCCCUUCUCGAGCUUGGCCUUCCAUUGCCUGGUGCAGCGGAUCCCAUGCCUUCACUGCAUGACCUUAUAUCGACCACGCCUCCUAGCACAUCUGUCGCAUCGUCAUUAAGCGCAGCAACCACGCCUCCUAGCACAUUUGUCCCCGAACCUUCUAGUAUACUCGCACCUGUUGCAUCGUCAUCAAGCGCAGCCCUUCACGCUUCGACCUCAAAGCCUCCUCGAAUCACUCAACAAAUGGACCCAAUAUGGACUACUGACUUGCAUGCUCGUGCCAGGCAGGAGGCUGAACAGCAAAGGGUCGAAUUGCGCCGCAAGGAGAUGGAAAGAGAAGCGAAGCAGCGUUUCGUGCUUCACUGGUAUGACUCGUGCCCUUAUUACCCCCAGUGGCAGCUUGCAGAUGAUCCUGACCUUAUCGCAUUAUUGGGCGAAGAUCUGAGGAAGAUGGAAGUAUACGAGGAACACACUAAUCGUUGGAUCCCAGCAGGCCUCUCACACACGUUCUCGCUCAAAUCAGGCUGUAACGUCUUCAUUCGCCGUUAUGGUGUAUCACGCUGUCGAGAUUUCCAGGAACUGUUGAACAUCUCUAGACAGGGUACACGCCCUCGUCACCUUCGAUUCAACAUGACUGGCGAACGCGAUGCUGUGCGCACCAAGCUCAAGUGCAAAGACACUAUCCUCAAGGUGGAGGGCCCUGUCAACACACUCACCAAAGCAAAGCGGCAACGUGAAGAGAGCUGCGAGGUUGAGACAAGCACUCCCACACGGCCACGGCUCGCUGUUGAUGCUGACUUUGAUAGUCGACGCGCUAUCUCACUCUCGCCCACUCCCCCUGUCAAUGUUGACUUUGAUAGUCGACGCACUAUCUCACUCUCGCCCACUCCCCCUGUCGAUGUUGACUUUGAUAGUCGAUGUGCUAUCUCACUCUCGCCCACUCCCCCUCCACUGGAGACUCAACAUGGCACGAGGCGCUGUGACUGGGACGAUGAUCUUGUCGAGGCUGACUUCGAUAGUCGACGUGCCAUCUCACUCUCACCCACUCCCCCUCUCAGUCCUAAUGCACCAUUCUCAGUAUCCUUGACCACCUCAUCGUCAUCGUCGAUACUGACACUGUCAUCUGAUCAGUCCAUCUCUAUGCUGCUCCCUGCCUCGCGCACACGUGUGCGAUCGACCAGAAUGUCAUCUCAACGACACGCUCACACUGCCACUCUUGUUCAAGUCCCACUGUAUGACCCCAAUUCAAAACGCCAGGUUUGGCCCCAUGGGAUGUUCACUGUCGAUAUGACUGCCGGUUUCCACCAGAUGGACAACAAGAUUUUGCGGGCGACAUAUCAACAAGAAGAAUUAUUCCAGCAUGUAUUUGGAGUCCCAUUCGUCAAGGCCACCUACCAUCAAAAUCGCAAAGCAUGGCAAACUACGAAUCUAAAUGUCCUGGCGGAGCAUGAGGCAGCGGGCCACACCCCCGCAGGUCUCUGGUCGCGCUACCUUGCUGCACGUCGAGACGCACUGGGCGAGCAAAGUAAGAAGUCGGGCAGGGCAAAGUGA